AUGCUGAAGUCUGUCCCGUUCGUGCCGCCAGCGUGGGCAUCUGCGCUGCGUAGCCCCCCUGGGCAAAAGCUUCAUCUGGGUCAUUUCCCGACACCCAUUCUUCCCUUCUCGCCGCCGGGUUUGCCUGAUGGUGUGCGCAUGCUCAUCAAGCGCGACGACUUCAGCGGAAUGGAAACGUCGGGCAACAAGAUACGCAAACUUGAAUUCCUACUAGCGGAGGCGCUGGAGCAAAAAGCGGACUGUAUCGUUACGUGCGGGGGCAUGCAGAGUAACCAUUGCAGAGCCACUGCUGCCGUCGCAAGGAUGCUCGGGUUGGAUUCGUAUCUGCUGCUACGCACUAACAAGCCUGACGAGGACCCAGGACUGGUGGGCAAUGUGCUGUUCGACCGUAUGUUGGACGCCAACCUCAUCCAAAUGUCUCGUCAGGAGUACGGCAAAUGCGGCAGUGAAGCUAUGAUUAAGCGCACUUGUGACCGACUACGGAACGAAGGACGUCGUCCGUACGCGAUUCCGGUCGGUGGGAGCAAUGGUCUCGGCACGUGGGGAUACAUUCAAGCCAUUGACGAAAUCAAUCACCAAAUUAAGGAUCUCAAUCUCCCAGUCACGGAUAUUGCGUUUGCUUGCGGAAGCGGAGGAACAGCUACUGGUAUUGGGCUGGGGUCGUAUCUGUACGCUGAGGCCCACCCAGAUGCAGCUCUAAACUUUGACACGAAGACUCCUGCGCACGCGUAUAUUGUUUGCGACAGCGACGAGUAUUUUCACGGCCACAUCGACGGUCAGAUCCUGCCCGCCAUGGGAGCACCGUCCGACAUUUUGUCGAGGCAGUUUCUCCAGAUCACCAACGCGCAGGGCACCGGCUACGCUCGCAGCACGAAGAAGGAGCUUGAGUUCAUCUACAGUGUGAGUCGCAAGACCGGUGUGUUAAUGGACCCCGUUUACUCCGGCAAGGCGCUCUUCCACCUUAUUCGCGAAUUGAACGAAGCGCCAGAGAAAUUUGUGGGGAAGACUAUCCUGUUCGUGCACACAGGCGGCCAGUUCGGUAUGUUUGACAAGGUAGACGCGCUGCAAGAGGUCAUUCGCCAAGACCAGGUGUCGCGCUUUGUGAUGGAGUAG